AGUGGUGAGCGGCGAAUGGGACAGGCGCAAGGGGUGCCGAAAACGGCGAAUUACACAGCGGUGCUUUGAAGACAUAUAAUUAUUAUCCUAUGAAACAAUUUUCCAGUAUUUUCUCUUUCAGGUGACAUAUAGAAGUAAGGGUAUCAUAGCUAAUUGAAUGAAACAUAAAGGAAAAUACGUAAACUGAGCGACGAUUGGGCAGCGUACGGUACGGUAUAUUUGUGACGUGUAAUUGACGUGUUGAUCUACCGAGAACUGAUUGAGCCAAAGCUAAGGAAAACAAGAAGUUUCGACGAUGUGGUCAUUUUUGUCGAGAGAUCCAACGAGGAGCUUUCCUUUUGAAAUAGGAGAGAAGGUGGAUGGCUUAGAAGAUAAAUCAAUUUGGACUUUGCAUCACGGAAAACGAAAGGCCAAUGGAGAACCAGUAUCUGUCUUUAUAGUGGAUCUCAAAAGCCAUUCAGAAUCCAUAGCCCAGUUAGCUAAGAGUGCUCACAAGCGACUCAAGACACUUCGACAUCCAAAUGUACUCCUCUAUGUAGAUGGGCUAGAGACGGACAAUGUCAUCUAUGUUGUGACUGAGGAAGUGACACCAUUGGCUACUUUCUUGAAGACUAAUGCACCAAAAGAAUCAACAAUAUCUUGGGGAUUAUAUCAAGUAGUGAAAGGACUGAGUUUCUUGCACAAUGACUGCAAACUUAAACACAACAAUGUAAACCUAAGCUGUGUAUUUGUGAAUCGGGCUGGGGAAUGGAAGCUUGGUGCAGUGGACUACAUCACUCCAUCUGAAGGGGAAGGCAGCACCAUUCCAGAUAAGGGACUGAAGUCUCUAGAAAAAUACAACCCACCAGAAAUGACUGAUAUGAGAGCUAAAAAGAGGCCAUGCCCUUGGGCUGCUGAUAUGUGGGGUCUUGGUUGCUUGAUAUGGGAGGUCUUCAAUGGAACACUUCCAAGAACAUCUUCUCUGAAGGCGCUUGGAAAGAUACCCAAACCUCUUGUACCAAAUUACUGUGAGCUGGUUGGAGCAAACCCAGUAUCUAGACCAAACCCAGCAAAGUUCAUUGAUUCCUGUAGGAAUUCAGGUGGCUUUAUGAAGAACAGCUUUGUUGAUACUAAUCUCUUUCUCGAAGAAAUACAGAUCAAAGAUCAGACAGAAAAGACAAAUUUCUUGAGUGGUUUGAGCGCUGCCAUUGAUGACUUCCCCGAGGAGUUUUGUCGUCAUCGUAUCCUUCCUCUCUUGCUACAAGCCUUUGAGUUUGGAAAUGCUGGUUCAGCUAUCCUUACUCCACUUCUCAAGUUGGGUAAACUACUAGAUGCUGAUGAAUACCAGAAGAGAAUAGUGCCUAUUGUAGUCAAACUCUUCUCAUCAACAGAUAGGAAUACAAGAGUUAAACUAUUACAACAGAUGGAUCAGUUUAUAGAGCAUCUCCAACCAGCUGUUGUCAACGAUCAAAUCUUCCCUCACAUUUGUCAUGGUUUCAAUGAUACAGUGCCUGUUAUAAGAGAAAACACAGUUAAGGCUAUGCUUCUACUAGCUUGCAAGCUGAACGACAAGAACCUCAAUAUUGAAGUCCUUAAACACUUUGCAAGAUUACAAGCCAAAGAUGAGCAGGGAGGAAUCAGAACAAAUACAACAAUAUGCCUUGGCAAACUUGCUGGCCAUCUCAACCCUGCGACAAGACAGAAGGUACUGUCAUCUGCAUUUGUAAGAGCGAUGAAGGACCCCUUCCCACCUGCCAGGACAGCUGGUGUCCUCUCCAUGCUUGCCACUCAGAGCUACUAUUCUCUCAAAGACUGUGCUCUAAGGGUUCUACCAACCCUCUGCACACUCACUGUGGAUCCUGAUCAGGGUGUCAGACAGAAUGCCUUCAAGGCCAUUAAGAUCUUCCUAGACAAACUGGAGAAGGUCUCAGAGAAUCCAGAACUGCUUGAAGAAAUGGAGGCUGAUGUAAACAAAGCAGGUGUAUCAUCUCAGAACCCAUCAAGUUGGACAGGAUGGGCUAUGACAUCUCUUACAUCAAGGUUAUAUAGGGGAGCUGGUAGUAAACCAUCAACACCAGGAACAGGUGGCCCUCAACAAGCCAAGUCAGACACAAGAGCAACCAAACCUGAUGAAGGUGAAAGGCCAUCGCCAAUGACGAGGGUUGAUGGUAGCAGAGGUAGAGACUCUGAUUCAGAUUAUGGAAAUGAAGGAGGCAAUGAUGAUGGAUGGAAUGACAAUAACUGGGGCAAUAUGGAGGAUGAAGAGGAGGAAGACACAACUACAGCUCAAGAUACACGGAAUACAAAUGAAUGGGACUCUCAAGGAUGGGGUGAUGAUGAUGCUGAUGAUGAUAACAACUGGGACAGUCUUGAAACACCUGCUACAAGAACUAGUAAAUCAUCUCUUGCAUCAUCAUCAACAGCAAAGUCAAAAUCAUCUGCAUUAAAACUAGGAGGAACCAAGAAGACACAAGACAUGGACUUUGGUGAUUGGGGUUUAGAUGAACCUAUGGUAGAUAUGAAACCCAUCAAGACUAGUUCUAAGCUGUCCAAGAGUCGGUCAGGUUCAGGGAAAUCUACUCCAAAGGGUAGUCCAAAGAAGGAAAUGAGGAACGAUGCUGACCUAGGAGGAUGGGAUGAUGGUGAUGAUGCUGGUGGAUGGGGAAGCAUGGAUGCAGUAGCAGAUGAUGAUGGAGAUGGUGAUGGUGGAGGAGGAUGGGGAGAUGAUGAUGACUGGGGUGCUAUGGAAGACUUGUCAGUGUCACCUACCAAACCUGCUCAGAAAUUAAAGCCAACCUCCAAUCCUCCUCCAGGAUGGGGAGAUAGCCUAGACUUUGAAGAGGACAAGAGCCACACUCCAGCAAGCACUUACAACUGGGGACAAGAUUCUAAUGCACAUGAAGACUUCUUUGGUGCAACAACCAAGCCAGAGACCACCACCAAUAAGAAAUCACUACAGACAUCCAAGAAGCCAUCAUCAUCUCCCAGCAAACAGAAGACAUCAUCUGAUGCAUCAGGUUGGGGUAAUCAAGACUCUGGAUGGGAUGAUGAUGGAUGGGGUUCAUGUGGUAAUGAAGGAGGAGGAGGCAGUGAUAGUGGACUAAGUAAAGCAGAGCUUGCCAAGAAAAAGAGAGAAGAAAGGAGAUUGCAAAGAGAGAAAGAACUUCAAGAGAAGAGAGCAGCUAAGAAAGCAUCAGGACCAACCAGACUAGGUGUAAAAAAAGAUUGAGAUUACUCAUAAUUCCCAUUCCUUUUUUAAAGCGUAUCAACAUUUUAUGAUUAAGUGUUGUGACACUUAGAAAAUAAUAAUUUACUCUUAUAAAUUUCAAUUAUGGAAAGCAUGCAGUUCCAUAAAUUGUUGUCUUGAAUAUGUAUGCCAAAAACACAGAGGAGGACCGAUUAUGGCAUUGACUUUUUGUCUCACCUGCAUAGCAGAGUGAGACUAUAGGCGCCGCUUUUCCGACGGCGGCGGCGACGGCGGCGUCAACACCAAAUCUUAACCUGAGGUUAAGUUUUUGAAAUGACAGCAUAACUUAGAAAGUAUAUGGACCUAGUUCAUGAAACUUGGCCAUAAGGUUAAUCAAGUAUUACUGAACAUCCUGCCUGAGUUUCAUGUCACAUGACCAAGGUCAAAGGUCAUUUAGGGUCAAUGAACUUAGACCAUGUUGGGGGAAUCAACAUCAAAAUCUUAACCUAAGGUUAAGUUUUUGAAAUGUCAUCAUAACUUAGAAAAUAUAUGGACCUAGUUCAUGAAACUUAUACAUAAGGUUAAUCAAGUAUCAAUGAACAUCCUGCUUGAGUUUCACAUCACAUGACCAAGGUCAAAGGUCAUUUAGGGUCAAAGACCUUUGGCCGAAUUGGGGGUAUCUGUUGAAUUACCAUCAUAACUUUGAAAGUUUAUGGAUCUGAUUCAUGAAACUUGGACAUAAUAGUAAUCAAGUAUUACUGAACAUCCUGUGCAAGUUUCAGGUCACAUGAUCAAGGUCAAAGGUCAUUUAGGGUCAAUGAUCUUUGGCCAAAUUGGGGUAUUUGUUGAAUUACAGCCAUAAAUUUGAAAGUGUGUUGGUCUAGUUCAUAAAACUUGGACAUAAUAGUAAUCAAGUAUCACUGAACAUCCUGUGCAAGUUUCAGGUCACAUGAUCAAGGUCAAAGGUCAUGUUAAGGUCAAAGAACUUUGGCCACGUUGGGGGUAUUUGUUGAAUUGCCAUCAUAUCUCUAUAAGUGUAUUGGUCUAGUUCAUAAAACGUGGAAAUAAGAGUAACCAAGUAUCACUGAACAUCUUGUGCGAGUUAUAGUAGUUUUCAAAAUCAGCACUGCUGCUAUAUUGAAUCGCGUGAUGCAGGUGAGACGGCCAGAGGCAUUCCACUUGUUAUAAUUGAGGCAGCUUAGAAUAGAUUUUAUAAGUUUGGGCUGUGAAUGUCUUGCCUUACAGAAAGUUCAAGUGAAACUUUAUUAUUUCACCCUCAUGCUGUCACAGUAUCAUACCUUACUGUACUCUCUUAUUGAAAAGUAAUUGAUAGUAUAUGUAGCUGUAUUUCCCUUACCAAUUCUUUCAGUGGCAUAUAAACUUUUCUUCAAGGUACAGGUGGCAAGAGUGUGUCUAUUGAGUAAUAAGAAUAAACAAGUACCAAAUUCUCCAUGUCCAUCAAGUUGUAAUAAAAUAAGAAAGUCAGUUUCUAUUGUGGAUGUUAGGGACUGAUUGGUUCUAAUUGACAACAUUACUGCAAUGAUUUACAGUAAAGAAGUCUUUCUACAUGAAACCAUACAAAAUUAGGAAACUAAAGUUUACACUCGGUGAACCUUCUGGUCAGUCAUAUGAUUUCAUUAUAGUACAAAUCUGAUCAUAUUUAACUUGAUGUUAAUUAAUUUUAAUGGUAGGAGUUUAGCUUGUUAUACACCGAUGGACUCGGGACAAAGUAAUCACAUUCUGUUAUUGGACCCAAUAUUGCUGAGCCCAGUUGUACAAACUACAUAAGAAGAAAGUGGGAAAAUUCUAUGAUAUACUGUGCCUGUUUAUAUUGCGUAUUAAAGUACCUUUCAAAAAAAAAUGUUAUGAGGAAAAUAUUCACAGAAAAUAAAUUCUCUAAAUCUUUUUUAUUUCUGAUACAUGAACAUCUGAGCUAGGAUAUUCUAAUAGUAAAAGAAAAAUACCCAUAUUACCAUUUUACAAUUUGAAGAAUAAAAGCUGGACAACUUUUCAUGAAUUUUUUCAUCACUGAGUAAAUUGUCGGCUCUGCUUCAGAGAAAUCUGAGGUUCUUAUUGGCUGAGAAGCAUUGCGCUCUAUAACUCUGGUAACUGUCAAAAAAUGAUAACUUAUCAGUGUUUUAAGCUUCAUGAAAUAGUGCCCUGAUCAACAAGAAUUUAAACAAUCCAUUGUUUCAAAUGAGUUAAGGAGAUAAUGGAUGUCACCACAUACAAUUAUCACCAAAAUCGCUCACCCAAGGAAGAUUUUACUUAUAUAUCUCUGCAGAUGUAGAAUAUAUUUAUGAAAUUAGAGUAUUGAGAUCUCCUUUUGGGCAAUUAUGGAUGUACUUUAAUGACAAUUUUUAUUCAAUAUGUAAUUAGUGGAUUGUAUUGAAUUUAAUAUAUAUCAUUUCCAAUUUCUUAUAUGUGAUAAUUUUGUAUCAAUAUCAAUAACUGUACUAUCUACCUAAUUACCAUUUUAUCUUUGGAUUCAUCUUUACUUUUUUCUUUAAAUAUAUAGUGCUAAUUAUAACACAUUGUCUAAUUAGCCCUUACAAUUACAAAACAAAAGCAAUUUCAAAGCCAUUUAUUCAUUUAAUUUUAGGAUCAUGUUGGUAAUAUUUGUAUGUUUAAUCUUUUCAGGGCAAAUUUCCAAUUUCUUGGGAUCGAAACCAUGGACGAUAUAAAUUUGUAGUAUUGCGGAGCUUCAUUCAAGCGUGAAUUUAGCCCCCUUUGCCAGAAGUGUGCAUUUAUAAUUAAACUUCCUUAUUGCUUGUGAUGAAAUAAGUGUUAUUGCGUACAUAAAAUCUACAUAGUCCAUGGCUUUGUUCCUCAGUACAAUUGAAACCACCUUUAGGAAUUCUCGCCAUUGAGUUACAAAAAAAUGAAUAUUUAUAUUAUAUUGGAUGGCUCAGAAUGGAAUAACAGAAAUAUUCCAAGAGUUUGGGCAAAUAUUCCAUGAAUCACAGAUGAGUGGAAUACUGGCCAUAACAAGUGGAAUAUUUCUGGUAUUCCAUGAAAGAAUGCCAUCCAAUAUACUUAUUAUCAUCUAUCCCACAUCUAGCAAUCAAAAAGAGGGAGAAAUUUGAUUAAACAAAGUCAUAUCACUUAUCACAUAUUGGCAUAAUCAAAUUCAGUCGUUGACAUGCGACUUGCAUGUAGUUCAAUAUGACGUCAUCGAGUGUCGUUGUGCCCUUAUGAUGCGCACCGCAUUGCUUUCAUUGUUGUACGCAUUGUAUAUUUCACGCAUUCGCCCAUGGGCACUAUACUGUUGAAUAUGCUCUCAUAUUCAAUAGCAAAUUUUGUACACGAGCCUAUGGGAUAUUCUUCAGAUUUUGGUCAUUUUAGGGAUAUGCUCUCAUACUGCGCAGGCAAAAUAUGCAUGUUUAAUGUACGGCUAAAACGCUCUAUAUAGAUGAUAAUAAAGAUUCUCUUUAGUUUUGUAAAUCCUCCCCCCGCAAAAAAAAAAAGCAUGUCAAUAUUAAUUUUCAUUACUAGAUCAUAUUAAUUCAUGUGCCCCAUAAUGGUUGUGGUGUGAACGCUUCAAACAAAAAUAUUUUUCAUUUGAUAAAUUUUCUUAUUUAAAUCAGAUUUCAAUUCAAUCAGGUGCCCUGAUCAAAAUAGAACAUCUGCGUAUAUUUGUCGUUUAUAUAAGUCACCUUCCUAAACAUAGAAUGGGCUGAAAAUAUCAGGAUAUAAUAUUUGUCAGUAGCUCUCUAAUAUCCAAUUACUGAAUAUUUAAGGUAUGAGCUCAAACAGCCUUUUUAAAUUAAAAUAACAGAGGGACGCUAUUUUUAAAUUUAAAUCCUAAUAAUCAGAAAAAGGGACAUUCUAAUGGGUAAAAGAUGCAUUCAAUGACUACUACGCUUUUGUAAUAUUGUAAUGUUCAAUGAUACUCAAGUAUAGUACAUAAUACUGACUCUUUAUCAAAGCUAAAGACAGGCUUUAAUCCUAUUGCUAAAGUAUAUGUAUUACUAGUAUACAUUUAUCAAGAUGACUACUUAUAUUACAGUAUCCAUGCUUUUAUAGCUGAUUGAAAUUGAAAACAACAUAGCAGAAUGACCAAUGAGAAUAUGAAUCUGACAAAGCAUAAUCUUCACCCAUGUAUUUCAGAUUUUAUCAUACAAUGCAGUAUAUAAAAAAAGAAAACUUGGCAAUGAAUUUAGGCUUAAUUUGAAUUUGCCAACAUGUCAUGUACAUAGUGCAUUUUCAAUAUUUUUUUUAAGUAAUAAAUUUACAUAAAAUGGUGAUGUUGCUCUACUAUACAUCAACAUGUAUGGACUGAUAUGGUUAACUGUGGAUACCAUGUGAAUGGUGAAUAUAGUUCCAUUUUUCCAUAUCAUUACAGUGAUGAAUAUUGAUGAAUAUGCAUGUAUUAUUAAACAGCUCAUAUAAAAGAUAGGGGUGUGAGGAGAAAUUAUAUUCAUUUAUUCAGUACUGAAAGUGUUUCUAUUAUAAGUAUGUGCUUAUUAAAGAAUGAGGUACAUAUUAUAUGAUGUUGAAGGUAAGAUUCUCUUGAUCAUAAUAUAUGAUAUAAUUUGUAUCUAGAAAUGUAAUAUAAUAAAUUUAAUUUUACCACA